CUUUGAUUAGGUGAAACUUAGGCGUUGUUUUUGAAUAGAAAUGAUACAGAACAAAAAAAAAAAAUUUCUUAACUCUUAUCUUAAUUUGCAAAAGAAAAAAAAGAAAGAAAAAAUAACAUAAAUUAUGGUGCAAAAGAUGAUGACAUAGGAGAUGCACAGAGACCAUCCAAUGAUAUAACUGUAUCUUACGCUAACCCUAAAGCCACGUGGCGAAUUACAAUUCCUUCUCAUUUUGCCUCGAAUGAUAAUCUUUUCGGCUCACCGGAGAGAGACACUCAGAAAGACUAUAGAGAGAGAGAGAGAGAAGAGGAAAUAAAGAAAAGAGUGUGAGAAGAGAGAGAAAGAUAAAUAAUGGAUCAAGAUGAGUGGUUGGGAACGCUAAGAUACGCCGGUAAGGCGCAGGAUAAAGUUUCCGUCGACGCUCUGAUGCUCCGGUACCGUCCUAUAGCUCCUAAGCCAACGAGUGGUCAGCCAUGUGGCGUGGGAGAUAUCAACAACAACAACAGUAGUGGCUCAUACGGUAUGAGCAAACGAACCAAACGCAAGUACGUUAGGGUUUCCAAGAAUAAUAAAACCACGUGUCGAGGGAAGAGCAGAUCUGACUUGUCUGAUGAUCGGGAACAGACCGGGGUCGUUACGUUGCAACUCUUGCCGGAAAAAUCAGAUCUUUCCGGUGAAUACUCGCCGUUGGAUCAGGAUAGUCUCGAUCCGACCGUGAAAACGAUAGUCGGAGAUGAGACACAAGAAACCAACACGUGGGGUACGUUUAACGGCGGUGUCAUGGCGGAGGUGGAGACUUGGGUGACGGUGGAGUCCGUCACGGGGGUUUCCGACGGUAGUUUGAGUUCCCAUGCGGUGGGGUUUACGGACGUGGAGAUCGUUGAUAAUCUUGGUAAGGACACGUGUCCAGCGUUCGUUUCGGAUGGUUCGAACCGUGUCGUGUGGGUCAACGAGGCUUACCGGAGGAAUGUUUCCGGUGAGGAUUCAUCGUCGUCGUUGGAUGUUGCGGUGUUGUUGGAGGCGGAGGAGGCGUCGGCAGCGAUGUAUUGUAACUACCGAGCUUUCACGUGUAGGGUGAGGAUGCAAUACACGUGGAAGGGAACAAAGUAUACCAAAACGGUGCCGUGUGAAGUGUGGAAAAUGGAGUUUGGUGGCUUUGCAUGGAGGCUAGACACAACAGCUGCUCUGACUCUCUGGCUUUGAUGGUGAUUGCUGCCUGAAACAAAGGGCUUAAUAUAAGAUGAGUAAGAAGGAAACAAAUGAUGCUAGCUAUUGUUGGAAGAAAGUGUGGAGAAGCUCCAAAAGCUUAAAUAUAUAGAACAUAUCGUAAUAAUGUCAUAUAUUUAUUGGCAAAGACUAAAUAAAAAGAUGCCAUUGUAUGGUUUCGUACCAAUCUUGGCUUCUUUAUAUUGUUUAGAUCGAUAAAUCUGUUU